UUUGGUAUAUAUCACCAUAUAUAUAUAUUUUUCCUGUUGUUAUUGUUGAUGAUAUUGAAUGGUGUGUAUGCCUGUGUUUUUAAAAAUAAAACAAAUAUGACAUAGUUUACAGGUCAAACUGUAAUGAGACUUAAACAAUGAAUGAUCAAUAUUUCCCCUCCUCCCCCCAUCAGGACAUUUAUGGAGCUGUGCGGUCCCAACAUGAGUGACAGUGGAGGCUCUCUCUGCCAGGUAAAGCAGCUUCCCUGCCACAGUGUCCCCCUUUGCCAUCUGCAAGCCAGUGGACACCACAUGCGCAACCUCCCCCACCAGCCCUGGGUCAACCAUCCAGCUCCAGCCAUCGCCUACACCCCGACCAUUGCCAUCCGCCACAGGGCAAGUGGAGCCAUGGUGGCCAGCUGCAGUAACCCGGAGUGUGCGGUCUCCAGACUGAGGGAGGAGGCAGCACUGGCCCAAGGCAUCUCCACAGGGAAGGUGUUGGUGACAGGAGGUGGGGGGUACUUUGGGUUCAGGCUGGGGAGAGAACUGGCCAGUCAGGGGAUGUCAGUGAUCCUUCUGGACAUGAACAAGCCUCCCUGUGAUAUCCCUAAUGGGGCGAUCUUCUAUCAGAGUGACAUCCGGGACUAUUCCUCCCUCUCUAUGGUGUGUGAAGGAGUGGACUGCAUAUUCCACACGGCGUCUUACGGCAUGUCUGGACCAGAUCAGCUGAGGAAAGAGCAGGUGGAGUCAGUCAAUGUUGGAGGGACCAAUAAUGUCAUAAACGUGUGUAAAGAGAGGAGCAUCCCCAGGCUGGUGUACACCAGCACCAUCAAUGUGGUGUUUGCUGGGAAACCAAUUGAAGAGGGUGAUGAGGCCUCUGUGCCGUAUGUGCCCCCCGACGUACACAUCGACCACUACUCCAGGACUAAAGCGAUUGCAGAGCAGAUGGUGCUCUCUGCCGACGGAUGCUCCCUGAAAUGUGGAGGUCUGCUUCGGACCUGCGUCCUGCGGCCCUGUGGCAUCUACGGACCAGAGGAGAGGAGACACCUCCACAGAGUGAUGGUGAAUGUGGAGCGCCGGUUGUUCAGUUUCAGGUUUGGUGACCCCCGGGCCAGGAUGAACUGGGUACAUGUAGAAAACCUGGUGCUGGCCCACACGCUGGCCGCCGAGGCUCUCACACUGCAGAGGAACGGUGUCGCUAGUGGACAGGCCUAUUUCAUUAACGAUGGAGUUUCAUUCAAUCUGUUUGAGUGGUUGACACCUUUGUUUGAGAUGCUGGGCUACAGCCAACCGCUGAUAAACCUGCCUGUUUCACUCGUCUAUUCAGCAGCCAUCCUGGUGGAAUAUUUACAUGUAGUCCUGAGACCCGUGAUAGAAGUGCCUCUCCUCUUUACCAGAAGUGAGGUAAGGAGCAUAGCUGUGAGCCACACAUUCAAAAUCGACAAGGCCCGUCGAGAGCUGGGUUACUGUCCGAAGUCCUACAGCCUGGCGGACUCUGUUGAGUACUACCUGAAGUCCAGACAGCCUCGCUCCAGCUCGGCUCUUUUCAGCCUGUCCUGGACCCCCCAGCUGCCCCGACACCUCCCCCUCCUGCUGCUGAUGGGCCUCAGCUUGCUGCUACUGGUGCUAUCCUGUAUACUCUGUUAGAACUAAACAAAUUUUAUUGGAAAAAUACUGGAUGAAUAGCGGGUUAAUAAAGUUUGUGAGGAAAUUAAAUGUUUGAUGACAUUUUUUCUCUACGAGUGACUUGAAACCCACAAGAUGAAAUAAAAUAUGCCUUAAAGA